CCUAUUUGGUUUGCGUUCUCAUCAGAUUAGAUGAUUUAGUUUUCUGUUCCCCGUUCUCGACGAAGUUUUGAUAAUUCCACAAAACAAUCCAAAGUCUGAGUCAACGACACACCAGACCGACGACUAAACUCCUUUUUUUUUUAAAUGUUUUAAAUUAUUAAAGAGAGAGAGAGAGAGUCAUUUCAUCAUUCACGCUUUUCCUUCUUCUUUCAUAAACACACUUGCAAUUGCAACACGCCAGAUGCGCGACUUUCUUCUUCUUCUUCCUCACUCAUGAAGAAGUAGGGAGCAGCAAGACAAAGACCCAAAGCUCUCGUUCUCUAUUCCUGAUUUUUUUUUCCUUCGUGAGUUCCUCCCCCCCAAAGAUUUUGCGAAUUCUCAUCUCUUUCUUUAAGUCAACUCAUUUCGAGAUCGCUUUUUUUCUUUAUUUUGUUGCUAUUUUUAUAACUUGUGAUUUUGCUUCGGACAGAACCCUAGACUUCUGUUCUGUAGGAAUAUGAUGGUGAUUAGGUUAGUUUUCACAGUUUUCCUCGGGAACUGUCUCUGCUUGCUCCUCCUCUCUAGCUUCAUCGAUGCAAGCGAGGCCGACGUGAACUGCUUGAGGAACAUAAAAUCUCAACUUACGGAUCCAAAUGAAUAUCUAUCGAGCUGGGUCUUCAGCAACGAGUCUGCAGGUUUCAUCUGCAAGUUCAGUGGUGUUUCUUGCUGGCACGAUGAUGAGAACAGGGUCUUGAGCAUUAAGCUUUCUGGUUUUGGUCUUGGGGGAGAGUUUCCUGUUGCGAUCAAGAACUGUACUGAUCUUACGGGUCUUGAGCUUUCAAGAAACAACUUCUCUGGACCUUUACCAACAGAUAUUAGCUCCUUGAUUCCAUCUGUUACAACUCUAGACCUUUCCGAGAACAGCUUCUCUGGUGUAAUCCCUGUCAGUGUCUCCAACAUAACCUUUCUAAACGCUCUUAUGCUUCAGGGUAACCAGUUCACGGGGACUCUCCCUCCACAGCUGGGGCAACUCGGACGGCUCAAGAAGUUCUCUGUGGCUAACAAUCGUCUCUCAGGUCCUAUCCCUGUUUUCAACGAAUCCAUCUUGAAAGUUGGAGCUGGUGACUUUGCGGGUAACGCUGGUUUGUGUGGUAAGCCUCUGGAUCCGUGCGAAGGUGCUAAUAGCUCUCGUGUUAAAGUUGUUGUUAUAGCUGCGGUUGGUGGACUGGUUGCAGCUGCGUUAGUUGUUGGGGUUGUUCUGUUCUUCUACUUCCGUAGAUUGGCUCUUGUUCGGAAGAAGUUGCAGGAUGAUCCUGAAGACAACAGAUGGGCUAGGAUCUUGAAACAACAGAAAGGCGUUAAGGUUUUCAUGUUUAAGAAGUCAGUUUCAAAGAUGAAGUUAAGCGAUCUUAUGAAGGCAACAGAGGAAUUCAAGAAAGAUAACAUCAUCGGAAAAGGAAGAACAGGAACUAUGUACAAAGGAGUCCUCGAAGAUGGGACUCAUCUCAUGGUGAAGAGGCUGCAGGACUCUCAACACUCUGAGAAAGAGCUUGACUCAGAGAUGAAGACUUUGGGAUCCGUAAAACACAGAAACUUGGUCCCUCUCUUGGGCUACUGUAUCGCCAAGAAGGAGAGGCUUCUGAUAUACGAGUACAUGCCCAACGGUUACCUUUACGAUCAGUUACAUCCCUCAGAUGAAGAGUCCUUCAAGCCUAUGGACUGGCCUACGAGGCUGAAAAUCGCGUUGGGGGCGGCGAAAGGACUAGCGUGGCUUCACCACAGCUGCAACCCGAGGAUCAUCCACCGCAACAUAAGCUCGAAAUGCAUACUGUUGACUGCAGAUUUCGAGCCUAAGAUCUCGGACUUCGGUUUGGCUAGGCUGAUGAACCCCAUUGAUACUCAUUUAAGCACGUUUGUGAAUGGAGAGUUUGGUGAUUUCGGUUACGUUGCUCCGGAGUAUUCAAGAACCAUGGUGGCAACUCCUAAAGGAGAUGUGUACAGCUUCGGGGUUGUGAUUCUAGAGCUAGUAACGGGACAAAAGGCUACUAGCGUGACGACUGGACCCGAAGAAGAAGCCGAGGAAGAAGAAGGGUUUAAAGGUAACCUUGUGGAAUGGGUUACAAUGCUAUCGAGAGAGUCAAAACUGCAGGAAGCGAUUGACAAGUCUUUGCUUGGGAAGGAUGUGAAUGAUGAGAUCUUCAAAGUGCUCAAAGUAGCAUGCAACUGCGUUCUACCGGAAGUGGCGAAGCAGAGGCCUACCAUGUUUGAGGUGUAUCAGUUUCUGAGGGCUAUUGGAGAGAGCUACAACUUUACUACUGAAGAUGAUAUCUUAGUUCCGUCUGAAUCAGGAGAAGGCGACUUCAUUGAAGAGCUCAUAGUUCGCUGAUCAAAGAGGAAGGGGGUAAGACUUCUGAAAACGAAUAUCUUUAGUCCUAGCAGUUCCACGAUAUAUAUAUAUAUAUAAGUAAGUAUUGUUUUUUUCUUUCUGUGUUUGGUUUCUCCUCGUCGAUGGUGUGUGGUUGUAAUAUAAGAAAUUGUUAGAUGCACUCUCUGUUAUUACUACACUGAGCUUUGGUUGUUUUCAGAACAGCUACUGGUUUGGUUUUGUCACUACAUCCUUGCUAUUCUUUCAAAUGUUUGCUGCACUUAUUCAA